GCAAAUGCUCUGUUCUUCUUCUCGUCUUGUCUUCCGUAGAAACCUCGCCGUCGCUGCAGCUCUUGUUUUCCCCAGGCAAUUCUCAACCGUUUCCAAGAAUACCCUCUUGCGUCCCUCGUGUUUUCCCUCCAUCAAAGCACAGUCUUUCAACCCAGUUUCGUCUUUUCAAUUCAAUCGAUCAAUGGCUAGCCAAUCCUCCCAACCAAAAACCGUCCACGACUUCACUGUCAAGGAUGCCAGGGGCAAUGACGUUGAUCUGAGCACAUACAAAGGAAAGGUCCUUUUGAUUGUCAAUGUCGCAUCACAAUGUGGGUUGACCAAUUCAAACUACACAGAACUGGCUCAGUUGUACGAGAAGUACAAAACUCAAGGUUUGGAGAUUUUGGCAUUCCCGUGCAAUCAGUUUGGAGCUCAGGAGCCAGGGUCUAAUGACGAGAUUGUGGAGUUUGCUUGCACUCGCUUUAAGGCCGAGUAUCCCAUCUUUGACAAGGUGGAUGUGAAUGGUGACAAAGCCACUCCAUUGUAUAAGUUCUUGAAGUCGAGCAAAGGUGGUCUCUUUGGUGACAGCAUCAAGUGGAACUUCUCCAAGUUCCUUGUUGACAAGGAAGGGAAUGUUGUCAACCGUUAUGCCCCAACAACUACUCCUCUUAGCAUCGAGAAGGAUGUGAAGAAGCUGUUGGGGGUUGCAUGAAUCAGCUCCUUAUGAAUAACUGAGAGGGUUUACUAGGAAUAAAAAACUGUAAUGAGAAUAAGUUUCUGUAUUGUUGGACAUGUUCUUAGAAAUUAUGUUUCUCUGAAGCAACCUGUAUGCUGUUUUCAUCAGUAUAAUUCAAUGAAUAUAUGCAUUCGAGCUUCAUA